AUGUCUGGAGAUAAGUUCGUGGACGGCAGUUUCCCGUGGCCUGGCUUUCGAGAUGCUAAGAACCCUCCGAUCUCAGAGAAUCAGCUCGAUAGCACUGGUUAUAAUAUUAAUCUGACUGAUUACGAGCUCACCGGUCCCAUUCUGGGUCCAGCAUUGAGUGACGAGGAUUUUCUUGUUCAGAAAUUGGAUUUGGAGCACAAGAGAACUGCUGAAAAGCCUUUUGAGAAUAUUCCAAUGGGAUUAUAUGAGCAUAAGUUUUUUGAUGGUAGGAGACAAGCUGGAGAAGGAAUGCAAAUGCCAGCAUGGACACAUAAAGGUUUUGAUGCUCCCUUCGAUGAUGAAGAUAUUGCCUCGCUAGAUCUUCAGAAAGUUCGCAAAGCUCUGAGAGACUACGACAUGACCUACCGCGCCAACUACCUAAACCCAGCUUUCCGACCAGAAGCAACAUCAGGCCCACCACCAAAAUCGGGUGUUAUGACAAAUUGGUAUCGAAAGGGUCCAGUAGGGCGUGGCCCAAAACCUCCCCCAAAAUUGCGACAGGAUGUCGCGGAUAUAAUUGCUGAGGAUUAUAAAUCGCUUCUCCGAGAAGUUACUCCAGCCAAAAAUAAUUGGGAAGUUGAGAUGAGUAGAGUCAAUACGAGCGAUGAAUUGAGAACUGAUGAUAUGGAAGAUACCCUCAUGAGACACAUCGCAAAUAAUUCUCCUGGUUCUUCGGAAUACAUUACUGGAGCUGGUUUAGAAGUUGUCUCUACAAAUAUACUGACUACUGCUGAGAGAGAUGCACCAGGCCCCCUUAGGUACAAUUUUGGAGUUGGCGGAAGAACUGAUAAGAUUAGCAUUGUAGGAUCUGCUCGAUACAGCUCUGGAUCGAUUUCGAGACAUACCGUUGGUAGGAGAGGAAAUGAUGGAAGAAAUAAUUUGAACGGCUCUCAGAUUCUUUGUCCAGAAUAUGAAUAUACUUCAAUGCCCACAACAUAUCUCAGCGGUGGUUCAUCCAACGUCAAUACUCACGCCAUGAGAGAAGUCCAAUCUCGAGAUUUUACUCAUCAAAACACAUUUACCACUGAAGUUUCGGCUGAAGGUAUUCUUCGAAUACCAUCCAUGGCGCGAGAUUACAGCAUCAGGGACUUGGCCACUCCAAAGUAUGUGAUCAGAAAUGGUGCUUCGGGAGAUAGUAAGGAUGGGGAGUGGGAGCCAGAAAAGAAGCAAAAGGCUACUCCGAGGAGUACCACUAGGAAGGCAGCCGCAACUAAGACUGCCACUCCUACGGCAGCCAUUCCGAAGGCCGACACGCCUAGGGCUAAGAAGGCGAACGAACUUACCUCCAGCAGCGCUUCUAGACCCAACCUCAUCAGACCCGCUGCCACCGCGAAAGCAAAAACCGCAAAAACAACUGGCCGUAGAAGUGCCAUCCCCAGGAUUGUGACUCCUAAGAGUGCCUUCCCCAAGAAUAUCGCCGCCAUGUCAGGCACUCCUAAAUUUGGUACUUUUCAUAGUUCUACAGCUAAAACCCCUGCAGCUAGUGCAAUCUCGAACCAUAAGCUCAUACCCAGAUAUCCCACGCCUAGAAAAAGUGCUUCACGAGAAAGUGCAGAUGGAAGCUGGGAGCCCGAGGACGAUGAUGUGUACGAUGUUUAA